UCUCACACACAUACACAGACACACAGUGCUUUGGACUAUGGCCUCCACCACCUCCGGUGAUGUUCUGCCCACAGGCGGCAGGAUCUUCACCACCAUGCCUGACAUGUGCUUCAUCCCUGAGUUUGUGUUUGGAGGUUUGGUGUGGAUCCUGGUGGCAUCGACUCGAAUCACCCAGGAAAACCCUCUGGGCUGGGUGAUGUUCGUGUCCGUCUUCUGCUUCGUAGUGACAACACUCUGGUUCUUCAUCUUCCUCUGCGGAGCCAAUCAGAGCAGCAUCUGGCCCUCCCUGGAUGUGGGUUACCAUUUUGUGGCUGUGGUUUUCUACCUCAGUGCGUCGGUGGCUCUGGCGUACGUCACCCUCAUGAAUGCGACUCUAUUGGCUAGAUUUCCUUCUGAGGAAUUACUCAAAAUCUACCGACUGGAUAUUUCUGCAGUGGUGAUGUCCUACAUAGCCACUCUUCUCUACUUCCUCCAUGCCAUUUUCUCUGCCUUGCGAUGGAAGAGGGGCAGGAACACCUGCCGCUGCUCCGUUAGUUCAGAGGAGAAGGCAGGACGCUCACCGUUGACUCUCUGGGUGAAGGAACAGGCAGAGAUGGCUGCAACCACCGCUCAGCCAAUGGGGAGCCUGCCCAGCGGACUGGGGAUAUGCACCACGGCCCCGGAUAUAUUUUACCUGCCUGAACUGGUGUUUGGCGGUCUGGUUUGGAUCCUGGUAGCGUCGACCCACGUGGAACCACCAAACCCUCUGGGCUGGGUGAUGUUCGUCUCCGUCUUCUGCUUCGUCCUGACCUUCCUCUGGAUGAUCAUCUUCGCUGCCGACGGCCAUAAGAGCAGCUCCGCCUGGGCUGCCGCUGACUUUGCUUACCACGGCCUGGCAGCGUUCUUCUACCUCAGUGCAGGUGUGGCUUUGGCUUACAUCACCUUCUUGAAUAAAGCAGGCGUAUUAAGAAUCUACCAGAUUGACAUCGCCGCUGUGGUGUUCGCCUACGUGGCCACGCUGCUCUACUUCAUCCACGCCAUCCUCUCCGCCAUCCGAUGGAAAACCUUCUGAAGAGCGACGCUGAUCCACAAACCUGUGUGUCCAAGUGGUCCUGUGUGAAUGUGUGUGUGUGUGUGUGUGUGUGUACGGUGGAAUUACUCAGUCUGCUCGGAUUCACAAUGAAGGAUUUAAACCCCAUUUUGGGACAUUUGAUAAUGUCCGGUGAAGGUAUUGAGUAGAUGGAGAUUCGUGAUGAAGAACAAAGAGGAAGAAAAAAAGAAAACAUUUAACGCAUGAAGGCAAAAACAAUGUUGAACAAUGGAAACAAAUGAAAAGCUGCGAACUAGAAAUGUCAUCCUGUAUGUUCUAAUGAAAACAAAUGAAAUGUAUAAUUUACAGUCUAAAACUGGUCAAAGUGCAGUCGCUCUGUGACCCAGCAGCUCAGUGUUUUCUUAUUUUUACCAGACGACACUUUGAGCCAAUGGUCAUUUAUUACAUGUCAUAUUUACCUGACUAACAGACCUUUGUUUCUCUGCAGUGACUAUAAAGAGUUAGUUGCUAAUUUUUAGAUUUUUUAUUUUCUUUGUCAUAUAGAAUUAACAUCAGAAAAUGAUCAGCACUUAAAGGACGGUGAAGUGUAUUUUUAUAAGACCUUCCUCUGAAAUUUACAGUUGAUAAAUAGUAAAUAAUUUUUUGUAUUCUCAAGAUUAAAACAAGA